ACAAAAUGUCCGGCCGUGAGUCCGGCGGUGUCUGCAUGAAGUGUCGGCACUACACCGCCGGCCGGCACUGCCACUACUGCCGCGAGGGAUAUUAUCGCGACCCGAGCAAGCCUAUUUCUCACAAGAAAGCUUGUAAACCAUGCGACUGUCACCCAGUGGGAGCUAGUGGCAAGAUUUGUAACCAGACGAGCGGUCAGUGUCCGUGCAAGGAUGGCGUCACCGGCACCACCUGCAACCGCUGCGCUAAAGGGUACCAGCAGUCCAGGAGCCACAUUGCGCCGUGCAUACGUAUACCGCGUGUGGUGACAGCUGUGCAGGCUAUGGAGGCGGUAGACGGCGAGCCGGGCCGCGCAGCGGAUCAGUGCGGACGGUGCCGCGCCGGCGCACGCACACUAAACCUCAACAAGUUCUGCAGCCGAGAUUACGUCAUAAUGGGCAAAGUGGUAGGGCGCGAGACGAGCGACGGGGUCGGGGGCGGGGUCGCGGCGGGCGGCGAGUGGGCGCGGCUGACGCUGAGCGUGCAAGCGGUGUACAAGCGCGCGCCUCGCUCGCGCCUGCGCCGCGGCACCACCGCGCUCUACGUGCGCCCGCGCGACCUCGCCUGCAAGUGCCCUAAGAUCAAGAUUAAUAAAUCAUACCUAAUCCUAGGAGUGGAAAAAGAAGGAUACUCAUCAGGACUACCAGGUUUAACGGUGGGUGAAAGAACCCUACUUCUGGAGUGGCGUGACGAUUGGCAUCGACGCAUACGCCGACUGCAGCGCCGUGCCAUCAAUUGCCACUAGCCGCUAUCUUUGAAAAACAAAGCAGACCAAGGCGCACACACGUACAGCCAAUGAUAAAAAAAUACGCAACCGUGAGAACCGCCAAAGGGUCGCUAAAGUUGUGUUCUUGUUUUUUGACCGUAAUAAUCCGUCUUUUUCCGUGCAAAAUGUGAAAUGAAAAUAGCUCUUUUAACUGUAACUGCCAAUAAUAUACGUGCUGUCUAAUAAUAAUAUAUCAUUAAUCAUGUUUUAAUAAUAAAAAUAAGUAACAUCACAAUCACAAUUCACAUUGUAUAACGCGUACAUUUUUAUGCCAAAAAAAUGCAAUAAUCUUUCGUAUUUUUUUAUAUUGUGAAUUUCCCAUCCUAGGAUUUUAUUACAAAUGUGUAUAUGAUUAUUAUUUAUUUAAAUAGAUUUUAUUGAUUGUAGGUCGAAGUGUUUCGUUCCAUUACUAGCAUUUUUGUAUAAGUGUUAUUUUUAGAUUGGAUAUGAGCAUGUUUAUAUACGUUUUUAAAGUACAACAGGCCACUGUCUCUCGAGUGUCCAUGUGUCAAAUGACGUCACUGAGUGUUUUGACAGAUAUCGGCUAUUAUUUCGCCGAUUGUACAAUUAGAUCUAGGUCAUAAUGUAGAUGAUUCAUCUCCACAAAGUAUAGUCACAAUGGUUUUAACGUACCUCAUUUAUUAAUAAAACUUUAUUGGUAAGGGUUGCAUAUUUAAUUUUAGAUUCUAGUAUCUAGUGUUACAUUUUCUACGUUAUAAUGCUAAUCGGGAGAAAAUAACUGACUUUUUAAACUGUAAUAGUUAUAUUUUUUCAAAUAAUUUCGUAAGUUAAUCUUGCCAAAGUACCAUUGCCGCUAACUGUACAGUUUAGGUACUUAAUUCGUUUUCCUGUUUGCAAAAGUGGAAGUGGAGGUUUUAAUCUAAAUGGCCUAACCUUAACGGAGGUGUGUACAGUAUUAUUAGCUUUACUAAGUUGUAAUGUUAUUUAUAAGCUUGUUUCGUUUCAAAAAAGUGUGUACUAUUGAACUCGGCCGUAUAAUCAUUGGCAAUUGAGUUGUCGAUAUCAAUCAUAGCAUCUCACUCGGGUACAGUUAGGCACACAAUGCUUAAUCAAAUUGGUGCACGCUCGAAUGAUUUACUGCAAGCUCUCCCGCAAUCACUGGUAAUACAAAAACGACAAGUUACUUCGGGACGAUGCGAUAAAUUGUCGAAAUCUUUAUUUAUUGCUGAUUUUACUUAAGAUUGGACUGCUCAGAAAGAAUCAAGUAUUUUACAUAUUCCAAACUAUAUAAUACACAAUCAGAAUAGUCGAAUUGAUAUGUAAUACUUUUUUGAAUAAAUAUGUCUCUUUUAUCUAAAUGCGAGUGAAAUCGACACUUUUUUAAAACGAAAUAAAAAAUCGUACGGAUAAAAAUAAAACCUAUUUAAAAAUAACUUAGGUAUUUCGCUUGAUUGUAAUACGGAUUGUAAAAAGUGUAUUUAGUUGUAGAAACUAUCUAUUAACCUGUUUCUAGUUAUGCAUAUCUUUAGGUUUCGUAAUUAUAUUAGUAGUUAUAUAAUUGAAAUGUUUUUUGUGCAUUUCAACGUGUGAACCAAGAAUAUAUUUUAAUUUUUCUUAAAUAAAAUUAAACUUAUAUUUUUAAUAAUUGUUCACAGCGAUUAUAUAAACGAAUAGGUACCUAACCCUUAAACUUCCUGAACUCUAACCUAAAUUUUAAAUUAUUAAGCUUAUUGUAACUGAGUACAUUCUAGCCAACCACAAAACUUACUUAUACAUACCACCAACAGUAAUGCAGAAUUCAACAUUAGUGAAAUCUGAAUUACUAAAAUUUUGAAUAAUAACCAAAGCCAACGACUUCGUUCUUCGAAGCGUUAAUCAAAAAUAAACAAUAUUUGUUAUAUUGUUUAUUUUUGCAAAAAUAUUUCAACAAAUGCACAGAAAACAAUUCAAAUUAAAUAUAUAUCAGAUCGUAAUAGUCAUAGUCGGUUUGUAUUUUUAAUGGACUUGUGAAUAUUGUUUAUUAUGAUCUAAUCUAUUUAUUAAAUCGAUUUGUAUGCUUUGUCUCUGUUACUCGUUCCGAAAUAAAGACAAACCAUAGUCAGCAGACCCGCAAUCGUGAGAUUAGAUCAUUUUUGCUUAACGAUUUUGAUAUUAGAAACUAAUAUGUUAAUUCAAAAGUUUUCUCCUAAUAUACUGACGUCGAUUUUCUAUUUCAAUAAUUGUUGUAAAGCUUAUAUUAAGUUAAAUCGCACAAAGAGGCCUAAUAGCAUCCAACCAUUAGGUCAAUUAAUAAAAAAAAACUUAACAAACUUCUAUAUGCAACUGUACUGUUUCGCAAAUAAGUAUUAUUUCGAACGAUAUAAAUAAUAUUUUGUAGUGUUUAAUUAAUUAUUUAUAUUGUGUAAGGGAUUUGUCAAUUGAGGUAUAUUUUUUUGGGGAAUCAUAGACAACAUAGAUACAUGACUGGGUUCGCCGAUUUGUCUAUGGUUCCCAUAAAAAACUCGUUGGUAGCGUAUUUGCUAUGAUCUUGAUUGUGUUUUUAUGAUACCCUGCUCCUGUGAUGUAAUAAAUGUUAUCGGUUAUAUUUAUUUAAAAAUAAAAGUACAUUAAUAUACGU